AAAAAAAGAGAUUGCUGCAAAUUUCAUCUAAGCUUAGUACAAAGAAAACAGCUACAAAAAGUCAACCCCUUGAAGCCCACCAUUUUCUUUGCCUAUAUAAGUUUCGUAGAAAGCAAUCUUCAGUACUCAUUCAAAUCACUUACGUGUCUUAAAUCUUAAUUAGUUGCAUGUUCUGAGAUUUUCUGUGGUAGCUUUAGUUAAUUUGUUGAGGAAGAAAAGGGCUGAAUCGACGUCUCUCCCUUCCCCCUUAAUCUUCUUGAUUCUUACUUUAUUCUUUGAUUCGAUCAAGUGAAAAUCGGGAUAUGGGAAUGUCGCGAAACACGAGAAGCGGUGAUUACUUGGAAGGAAUGCUGAGCGAAUACAUGGGCAAUGGGAAAGGGGCUAAGCUGAAGGUGCAAAAGAGCUCUCCAUCUCGGCUCGUCACGAUGCUGACGUGCCUACAGUUCGCCUUCGCCGUCUACGCCACCUUCCUCCUCUACUUCAUGAGCCCCGCGGUCGAUCUCCGCGCCAAGCCCGACUUCUCCUGGGCCACCAAAAUCGCCCACCAGUGGAAGCAGUUCAUGGUCGCCACCCCCCACACCGUCGCCCAUUUCCAAGAGCCCGUUGCCCGGAUCGCCCCGCCCUCGGAGGUGUGCGAGCACGAGCAGAUCGACUUCGUGCAGAAGAAGUCCACCGACGAGGUGAUGAUCAAGUUCAAGAGCGAUCUCUACCGCGACGUGCAGACCUUCCAAAAGCAGAGCAUUGGAACAGAGACGCUCCCGGAGCUGAUGCGGUUGAAAUCCAAAUGGGACUUGCACGGCCCCACCAUCCCGCGAGUGACCGUUAUCCUCAACCACUUCAAGCGAAAGACGCUCUGCGCUCAGCUCGAUUCUCUGCUGCACCAGACUCUCCCGUUCCACCAUGUUUGGGUGCUCUCCUUCGGCAGCCCCAACGAGCAGUCGUUGAAGAGAAUCGUCGACAGCUACAACAAUUCCAAGAUCAGCUUCAUCAGCUCAACCUAUGAUUUCAAAUACUACGGCCGGUUCCAGAUGGCGUUGCAGACGGAGGCGGACCUAGUCUACAUUCUUGAUGAUGACAUGAUCCCGGGGAAGAAGAUGUUGCAGAUCAUGUCUCACGUUGCUGGAACUGAUAAAUAUAAGAAUUCUGUUCUAGGCAGUAUUGGGAGGAUCUUGCCUUUUAGGCAGAAGGAUUUCACCUUCCCUAGCUAUAGAAAGUUCCGCUCCAAGGAGGCCGGCCUGUAUCUGCCCGACCCGGCUUAUGAUAUCACUAUUGACAGAGUUGUGCAGGUUGAUUUCCUGUCUAGCUCGUGGUUCCUAUCUGCUGAGCUUAUUAAGACACUGUUUAUCGAGACGCCCUUCACUUUUGCAACCGGUGAAGAUCUUCACUUGAGUUACCAGCUACAGAAGUAUAGGAACGCGGGCUCGUUCGUGCUCCCUGUGGAUCCGAACGAUAAGGAGACGUGGGGUGAUAGUGAGCACAGGCUGGCCUAUGUGUCUGAGACUACUGUGAUCUUCAAAGACAUUGUUCAAGUUCGAGAUGAUCAAUGGUGGAAGGCUCUCUCUAAUGGGUAUGUGACGCAGUGGGCGGCUAUGUAUCCUCAGAAGAUUGAUGCACUCUUCUACGCCCACUCCAUCGGUGAGGUGAAGGCGCUCGCCCCUCUGCUUGAGAAGUUCAGGACGACCGUGGGGAAGAAGGCCUACAUUGUGGUGUCCGGGGGCAGUUUCUGCCCCUGUGAGGAGGCCGCCGUGGCCCUCAAAUGGCCUAAGGCGGUCUGCAGGGAGAGGAGGUUCAAGAUCUUUGAUCUCGGGAUUGGGGCCAUCUCGGGCAGCCUCUCAAACUCAGAGGUCCCCGUGUUGCAAGGCGUGUACGCUAGUAUGAAGGGGCUGAUCAAGAUCCACAACCCUAGCGUCGUGAUCACUGUCUCGGACAUCGACUCCAACGUGAAGAACGCGCUCAAGAUGGCAACGGAGUCGACUUCUGCUGACAAGAAUGGCACCACUUCCACAUUGGUGCUCUUGCCACGAGCCUCGGUCACAAAGGCACUCUGGAUGGCCGAUCUCCGCCCCACAACGCUUCCUAAUUGGAACAAAAUGAGGCUGACAAUAAGCAUCAUCACACAAAACCGGCCCACAUCCCUAGCCCGGCUGCUCAACUCCAUAAAGAACGCGUACUAUCUAGGCGACGAGGUGGCCAUCAACUUCAACAUGGACAGCAAAGUCGACGAGGCCACACUAAAACUAGUGAACGCGUUCCCCUGGCCACACGGCCCCAAGGUUCUGCGCAGGCGGAUCAUCCAAGGAGGCCUAAUACGCGCUGUGAGCGAGAGCUGGUACCCUUCCUCAGACGACGAUUUCGGCCUACUUCUAGAGGACGACAUAGAGGUGUCCCCGUACUUCUACCUGUGGAUCAAGUACGCCCUACUCGCCUACCACUACGACCCCCAAGUCUCCCUCCCCGAGCUCUCGUCCAUCUCCCUCUACACACCCCGCCUCGUGGAGGUGGUGAAAGAGAGGCCUAAAUGGAAUGCCACGGACUACUUCAAACGCAUCCAUCCAAACACGCCCUACCUCCACCAGCUCCCCUGCAGCUGGGGCGCAGUCUUCCUGCCAAAGCAAUGGAGGGAAUUCUACGUGUACAUGAACAUGAGGUUCACCGAGGACGCAAAGGCGAACCCGGUCCAAAUCCCAAAGUCAAGAACCAAUGGGUGGCAGGCCUCAUGGAAGAAGUUCUUGAUUGACAUGAUGUAUUUGAGAGGCUACGUAACUCUGUACCCGAACUUCCCGAACCAGCAGAGCUUCUCGACCAAUCACAUGGAGCCGGGAGCGCACAUAAGCGCCAAGGACAAUGUGGUGAAGCAUGAUAAGUCAGAUUUUGAGGUGCCGUUGAUGAAGCAGGAUUUUAGGGCGUUGCUGCCUAAUGGGAAGAUGCCGGCUGCGUCGAAGCUGCCGUCGCUGAACUUGUUCAAUCAGGCUCUGUCUUUGAAGGGGUUGAAGGGCGCGGGGGCGAAGCUGGGGCAGGAUGUGCUGGACUGCAGUGCGACUGAGGUGGUGAUGGUGAAUCAUGAAACUGGUUUGCCUUCACAUUGUGCCAAAUUCUGAUGAUGAUAAAAUGUCAUUCGUUUUUCUUUUUUUGCUUCAUUCAUGAAAUUUGUUUGUUGUAGUAGCAAUAUAUUUACACAGAUUGUGUGGACAGGGCAGCAGGGGGAGUGUGCAAUUGUACAGAAACAAUUAAUUGGGUUCCCCAUUUGAUGAAAGAAAGAAAUAUAAAAUAUAUAUAUACUGCAUGAGAUCGUGACUUUUUCAUAA